UUGUGAUGGGAGGCCGCGGCCAUCUUGGACGAGCGCCGCUCCGACGGGACGUUAACGGCGGAGCAACUCGGCUAACGUUAGCCGCUCGGAAGCGCGACCGCGGUGCGACUAUGUUGGACACACGCUGUUUUCUUCCAUUAGCUGCCGCUCCGAGUGCGUGAAAAUGGGCUCAUAUUGCGUUCAGCUUUGGGCGCUGUAGUUUCAGAGAGGGCGGCGGCGGUGCAGAUCCUUGGAAUAUAUCUUAAAUUUCUGGAUAGAGGAGUGACUAUGAAUGGAGGAUAAAUGUUGCCGAAAGCUGACAGCAGCAGUUUCGUCCUCUUCUCUCUUCUCUUCGUCCUCACGUUAACGGACCCACCACGGACAGGUCCGCGGGUAGCUCUGGCAAGAUUAUUGUCAGAGCAGCGCUGCAGCCCCGGGCAGUUUGCCUGUCGCAGUGGGAAGAUGCAGUGUAUCCCAAUGUCCUGGCAGUGUGACGGCUGGACAGCAUGUGAGGACAAGAGCGACGAGAUGGACUGUCCCCCUAUAAAAGAGGAGAGGUUUCGUUUCGGCAACGGAUACGACCAGGUGGAAGACGUCAUGGGCGUGGCUCAGCCGGUGCGCUUCAACAAGAAAUGCCCCAGCGGGUGGCAUCACUACGAGAAGACGGCCAGCUGCUACAAAGUGUACCUGAGGAACGAGAACUACUGGCAGGCUGUGGAUACAUGUCAGAAAGUCAACGGCUCGUUGGCUACGUUUGUGACCAACGAGGAGCUGCAAUUCAUACUGAAGAUCGAGGUGGAUUUUGAUGAUAAAGUGUGUAAAGACCAGUGCAAGUUUUGGGUGGGCUACCAGUAUGUGAUCACCAAUCAGAACCACUCCUUGGAGGGCCGCUGGGAAGUAGCAUACAAAGGCUCGAUGCAGGUAUUUUUGCCUCCUGAGGGUCUGGCAAAAUCUGGGGAGGCCUCCACCACCCAGGACAAUGUCUUCUGUGCCCAGCUGCAGCGCUUUCAGAUCAAAAGCAUGAACGAACGAGGCCUGCACAGCUGGCACGCUGAGAACUGCUACAAGAAGUUCCCAUUUCUGUGCAAGAGAAGACAGACAUGUGUGGAUAUAAAGGACAAUGUUGUAAACGAGGGCUACUACUUCACCCCCAAGGGAGAUGACCCGUGUCUGAGCUGCACGUGUCACGAUGGCGAGCCUGAGAUGUGCGUCGCCGCACUGUGUGAGCGGCCGCAGGGCUGCCAGCACUUCCGCAAGGAUCCCAAAGAGUGCUGCAAGUUCACCUGCCUGGAUCCAGACGGAAAUAGUCUAUUUGACUCGAUGGCCAGCGGGAUGAGACUAAUCGUCAGCUGCAUCUCGUCCUUCCUCAUCCUCUCCCUGCUGCUCUUCAUGGUGCACAGACUCCGUCAGAGGAGACGUGAACGCAUUGAAACGCUGAUUGGAGGAAACUUGCACCACUUUAACCUUGGAAGACGAGUCCCAGGCUUUGACUACGGCCCGGAUGCCUUCGGCACCGGUCUCACUCCUCUGCAUCUGUCUGAUGAUGGAGAGGGAGGUGCUUUUCAUUUUCAAGAGCCUCCUCCACCAUACGCAGCCUACAAAUACCCCGACAUCCAGCAUCCCGACGACCCCCCCCCUCCAUACGAAGCCUCCAUAAACCCAGGCAGCCUCCUCUAUGUGGACCUUGGACACAGCGGGAUUUCCAUGGUGCCGAGCCAGAUGAACGCCAUGGGUAACGGGCUCCAGGCCGAUAUUCCCAAUGCCCCAGACCCCGUGCCAGACUCUGUGCCGUCCUGUCAGGAGAGGGAGGACUCCAUAGACAGCAGCACCCUCCUGGUGGGGCCUGACACACCGACAGAUGGCCACGCCCCCACUCCCAUGCCUGCAGACUGCGCCUCCUCCCUCAGCACCGUGGUAUAGGACUGUGGAUGGAUACUCGCAUAUUACCCGCCGUUGGAGGGAGGUCAUAGAUGUUUUCUGCAACAGGAGCACAAAAUGCUGACUGCAGAGAGGACAGUUAAAGUUUGUACAGACACAUCAGAAGGUGGAGCAGCUACACAUGCACUCUCUUUAUGAAAAAUCUUCAGCAGCUCUCCUAAGUGUUUUUUUUUUUUUUUAAAGACUGACAUCUGAGCGAGUAAAGAGACAAAAACUCUGAGAAGGCUGCAGUUCUACUUUUAGCACUGACUGACAAAAGCUUUUAAAACAGGUGUAAAUACACCCUGAGGUCAGAACCAUGAAACUCGUGUGUCUGAGUCCAGCACAAGGCAAACAACCGCAGACGAACGGCAAAAGCCAGCUUUUGUUUCUGUUUGCAGCAUACUUUCAAACCCAUCCGUAUUGAUCAGUCGUUCUUCAUGCUGCAGUUACUUUCUCAUCCACCCGCUCUGUCGCUCGAGCUCUGCAGAAACUGUUCCCCCUCACGUUUAUUAAUCUGACACACAAAGCUGUCUUCCAGGUUUAUAGAGCAAAUUUGCAGCGAGACAUGUUUUGUAGUUAAGCGGUUAACCUUGCAAGGUACAGCUAAUUUCCUGCUGUGGGGGGUUUUAUCGAGCAAAGCUGACACGAGGCGCUGUAGUGUCAAAGAAUGUUGUGAUACUGAUAAAUAUGAGUUUGUUAUUGUGCUCUCCUUUUUGAUAAUUUAUGACUGCAGGUUGUUACCUUGAUCGUUUAAUUGUGGGAUAGACAUAGGCUGAUUUUUUUUUUUUUUUUUAUUUUUUUCCCCCGUUAAUCAAUGAAGAGACGAAGGCUUUAUAAGCGUAUAUGUGAAGAUUAAAUUUGAAAACCAAAAAAAAAAAAUCAUUUAUAUAAGAACUGCUCCAAUCAUUAAGGCAUAUAAUCAUGCAAAUGAUCCCAUUGUUGCUUUUGUUUCAUCACCAACUCUUUCCAGGAUAAUUCUGUAUUUGCUGGCUGAUUAUUUUUCAUCCCUCGGUUGGAUCAGUUGUCAUGUUUGGAUGCUGUCCCUUCAUCCCUGAUGCGUUUCUGUGCGAUUCGUCUCACGGUGCACCUCAGUUACUGAGAUUUAUUUUCAGUUGGUGAUGGAUGGGACGUCACCGACUGUAGCGGCGGGAAUUUUUCUGUGUCGGUGUUGAGGGUCUGUUGUGUAUUUGGGAAGAAUUAUGGUGACAACCGUCAGAGGAGGAAUCCCGAAGAAGUCAGAUUUGCGCGCAGAUCAGAGCCGACCCAAAACCACCAGCAUCCAAACCGCUCGUGAUCUGCCUGGAGAACAAGAACGGCUGUAAAUGUGGGUCUGACUGUGCACAUCUGUGUAUCUUAUGUUUGAAUGUAUUGUAUCUAUAAAACAGUUGUUUUUUUCUUUAAGCUACCCCCCCCCCCCCCCCCCCCCCCCCCCCCCGUUCUUUUUUUUUUUCUUUGCUUUGACAAUCCACAGUGGAUUAUCCAAGAAACAAAAUCAUAUUCACAGAAAUUGUGGGAAAAGUAUCGUGUUCAUGUGCAUUUAGGAGAUGAUAUAUUGGUUUGAUUUUCUAUUUUUAUGUCUGUAUUUUUUUUUUUUUAUUAAAAAUCAAGCUUUUUUAGUUUUGUUUUUUUUACCCCCAACCUGCUCUAUGGACGUGUGGUGCAUGUUUUUAAGCUUUUGGCAUGCUGAGAUUUUUUUUUUCCUUUUGAUUUUGAUGGAAACAUUUUAAGCUCAACGGUGUGUCCUGUACAGUAGGCUCAAAGACUCCUGCCUA